AUGAACUGGACAGGCGGCUCGCUGCAGCGCACCAAGAAAGCCAACGCAGGCGUGCUCCAACAGCAGAAAGCGUACUUUGCUAAGGCGCGCACACAGCUACAAAAUGCUACUGACUCACAUGUCGCUCCUCUCCGACCGAACCAUCUAAUAGAUAACGAUAAAUUCGAUAUCUGGAACUUAGUUCCGCUUGGCUCAGGCUCAGUGCGGUGGCCUACAGGACAUACAGCGAAGCGUCCAAACUUGCAUGACGGGAAACACAGGGCCCCAGAGAUGGACAUGGACCUCCAGUGGCUUGAAGCUAACAGGAAGAGGCUUUUAACACAGCAAGAUUGGGUCGGCAUUGACCUAGCGAAACCGGUCAGCCUACGGUUCCAAUCAAGCAGGGAGAAGAGCAGAAUCGGCAAGCGUAGGAGAACGAAAAAAGGACGCAGCGCAGCUCCAAGACAGAGGGACAAUGAAGAAUUCAGGGAUAAAGACCUUGAACUUGCAAACGACAACUUUUCCCGCAUGCUCAGAGGAAGUGGUCCACACCAAAAUGUCGACAAUAUGCGAAUCCGGAUUGGUACAGAUGCAAUGACAAGCAUUUACUCUACACAGCUGAACCAACAUGCGCAGUCGCAUGCUUCCUCUGAGCUAAUGCUCUUCGACCAGGAAGGACCUCUUGCACAGCAACGCUCAGAGAAGCCACUUGUUAAUCUUCAGCUUCAUGCAGCAACUAGUGCUUCUGAGCAAGCUCGUGUUAAUUCCCAUGCGCCGUCGACCGGUGAGCAGCCUCAGUGCUAUAGUAUUGCUCGGCGCAACGUAGCUAGUCUAUCUUCAGGUGCUUCUGAGCAAGGGGGCAUUAUCGGUGAUCAGCUUGGACUGCAGUGUCAACCCACGACAAUAACCUCGCGACAGACCGGGAGCUUUACACAUGAAUUUCGACUUACGCAUCAUCUUCAUAACGGUGAGCGCGCUUUCCGUCUCGCCUUCAGCGGCUCCAACUCUGCUGCAGGUAGCCGUAGUCGUACUGCAUCGGACGACUACCAGAUCGGUGAGACACAGCCUUUUUGCAAUCCAGACUCGGCGCUCCCGUCCAAGACGGAACAUAUGCAUCAGGUCGAUAUUGAUAUGGAGCAUCCUGUCAAUGUUGAGAUUUCGGCAGGCCACGCAAUCGUCGAUGAAGGACCCUGGAAGACGUAUCUCGCAAUUUCCGAUGAUUCAAGCCACUCCGAUACAGCCAGAAGCAGUUUCUUGCAUGAUCACCCCACCACGAAACAGGACAAUGAAGCUGCAACGAACUGGUCACAACAGGCCACUCACGGUCAGGGUGAUCAGAGCCGCGUCAGCUCGUCCUCAAUUUCCGCCUCUUUGCCUUCCUUGACGAGGCGUAUUAGAGAACCAAUACUGACGCAUCCCUCUGGCGUGACCGCCAUUCGUCGAAAGGAACCGGUGACCACCGCUUUGCGAAGUCUGGACGAGGACGAGAAGAAUUGGCGGGCAUUUGUGUUCCAGAGCGAUGAUAAACUCUCGUUGCCAGGGAUGCAGGACCAUGCAUGCAAAACAUCUCCACUGAUUUCAAGGUCCUCUGAAAAUGCAUCUUCAGAGUAUCUGCCAAUAUCCCGCGCAGUCAGCUCUGUCAGCCCCAUAGUGUACGAGUCUGGAUCAGAACUUGCUUCUGACGCGGGCUACGACGCCCCAGAUCCAAGAAGCUUUGCGCCACCAUUAAGAUCCCGUAACGCCAGUCCACUACUCUUCGGCGGAUUUGUUGAGAGAUUGACUCAAGGUGAACAGGGCGACGAGAUGUUAGAGCGCAAAGUUUCCGACAAGCAGUGGGUGACCCAUGCAUCUCUACAGAACAACGCAUCUUCAGGUCUCACCUCAUCCAAGGUUCUAGUAACAUAA